AUAAACGGGGUCCUUUCUGCCCUCAAUUUUUGCAGUCACAGCCCAGCUCAUAAAUAUUACCUGACCGCCGACCCCACCUCUGGAUCCAUCUACCUCUCGGAUACCAGCAGCCGUCGCAUCUUCAAGAUCAAGUCAACGACAGUGAUCAAGGACGUUGUGAAGAACUCGGAAGUGGUAGCCGGGACAGGAGACCAAUGCCUUCCGUUCGAUGACACCCACUGCGGAGAUGGAGGGAAAGCAACCGAAGCCACCCUAACAAGCCCCAGGGGCAUCACGGUGGACAAGUUUGGGUUUAUUUAUUUUGUGGACGGUACAAUGAUCCGACGUGUGGACCAAAAUGGAAUAAUCUCAACGGUCCUUGGUUCUAAUGACCUGACGUCCACCAGACCGCUGAGCUGUGACUCAGUCAUGGAUAUCUCUCAAGUUCGUUUGGAGUGGCCCACCGACCUGGCCGUCAACCCAAUGGACAAUUCCCUCUACGUUCUGGACAACAACGUCGUGUUGCAGAUCUCCGAAAACCACCAGGUGCGCAUCGUGGCGGGCCGGCCAAUGCACUGCCAAGUCCCAGGGAUCGACCACUUCCUCCUGAGCAAGGUAGCCAUCCACGCCACCUUGGAAUCCGCCACAGCAGUGGCGGUCUCGCACAGCGGUGUCCUAUACAUCGCGGAGACCGAUGAGAAGAAGAUCAACCGGAUACGACAGGUCACUACGAACGGCGAGAUUUCGCUGGUCGCCGGAGCCCCCAACGGCUGCGAUUGUAAGAACGACGCCAACUGCGAUUGCUUCUCCGGGGACGAUGGCUAUGCCAAGGACGCCAAGCUGAAUGCGCCUUCCUCCCUCGCGGUAUGCGCAGACGGGGAGUUGUACAUGGCCGAUCUUGGGAACAUCCGGAUCCGUUUUAUCCGGAAGAACAAGCCUUUUCUCAACACCCAGAACCUGUACGAAUUAUCCUCGCCCAUCGAUCAGGAACUCUACCUGUUUGAUGCCAGUGGCAAGCACGUUUUCACCCAGAGCCUCCCGACUGGAGAUUACCUGUACAAUUUCACCUACACGGGCGAUGGAGACAUCGCCCUCGUGACUGACAACAAUGGAAAUUUGGUUAAUAUCCGGAGAGAUUCGACCGGGAUGCCACUGUGGCUGGUGGUGCCAGAUGGCCAGGUCUAUUGGCUCACGAUGGGCACCAACAGCGCCCUCAAGAGUGUGACUGCGCAGGGCCAAGAGGUAGCCAUGAUGACCUAUCAUGGCAACUCGGGACUCCUAGCUACCAAGAGCAAUGAAAACGGGUGGACCACAUUUUACGAGUAUGACAGCUUUGGACACCUCACUAACAUCACUUUCCCAACCGGUCAAGUCACCACUUUCCGGAGCGAUACGGACAGCUCCAUCCACGUCCAGAUUGAGACCUCCAGCAAGGACGACGUCACGAUCACCACCAACCUUUCAGCGUCAGGGGCCUACUACACCCUCCUGCAAGAUCAAGUGCGCAAUAGCUACUACAUCGGAGCAGAUGGCUCUCUCCGCCUGAUGUUGGCUAAUGGCAUGGAGGUGGCUCUCCAGACCGAGCCCCAUCUCCUGGCAGGCACCGUAAACCCCACCGUGGGUAAGAGGAACGUGACCCUGCCCAUCGACAACGGUCUCAACCUGGUAGAGUGGAGACAACGGAAAGAACAAUCCAGAGGCCAGAUCACUGUGUUCGGACGCAGGCUGAGGGUUCAUAACCGAAAUUUGUUGUCCCUCGACUUCGACCGCGUGACACGAACCGAGAAGAUUUACGAUGACCAUCGGAAAUUCACCCUGCGCAUUCUCUACGAUCAGGCGGGACGGCCUACGCUCUGGUCUCCUAGCAGUCGUCUGAACGGAGUGAACGUCACCUAUUCCUCCGGGGGGCACAUAGCCGGGAUCCAAAGGGGUACCAUGUCCGAAAGAAUGGAAUACGACCAAGCGGGCAGAAUUACAUCCAGAAUGUUUGCAGAUGGCAAAUCUUGGACCUUCACGUAUUUAGAGAAGUCCAUGGUCCUGCUUCUUCACAGUCAACGGCAGUACAUUUUCGAAUUCGAUAAGAACGAUCGCUUGUCGUCAGUUACGAUGCCCAACGUAGCUCGGCAGACCCUGGAGACACUUCGAUCAAUUGGCUAUUACAGGAAUAUCUACAGGCCUCCAGAAGGCAAUGCCACGGUGGUAGAAGACUUCAACGAGGAAUGGCAACUCCUUCACACCUAUUACCUGGGGACCGGAAGACGGGUCAUCUACAAGUACGGCAAGCUGUCCAAACUGGCAGAGAUGCUUUAUGACACCACCAAGAUCAGCUUCAGCUACGAUGAGACCGCAGGCAUGUUGAAGACCAUCAACCUGCAGAACGAAGGGUUCACCUGUACGAUCAGGUACCGCCAGAUCGGGCCGCUCAUUGACCGCCAGAUUUUCCGUUUCACGGAAGAAGGCAUGGUGAACGCCCGUUUCGAUUACAACUACGACAACAGCUUCCGGGUGACCAGCAUGCAAGCCGUGAUCAACGAAACCCCGUUGCCUAUUGACCUCUACCGUUAUGACGACGUGUCGGGCAAAACCGAGCAAUUUGGCAAAUUCGGGGUGAUCUAUUACGACAUCAACCAGAUCAUCACCACGGCGGUCAUGACCCACACAAAGCAUUUUGAUGCGUACGGCAGGAUGAAGGAAGUUCAGUACGAAAUAUUCAGGUCCCUCAUGUAUUGGAUGACGGUGCAGUAUGACAACAUGGGGAGAGUGGUGAAAAAGGAAUUGAAGGUGGGCCCUUACGCCAACACCACAAGGUACUCGUACGAAUACGACGCCGACGGCCAGUUGCAGACAGUGUCCAUCAACGACAAACCGCUCUGGAGAUAUAGUUAUGACCUCAAUGGGAAUCUCCAUUUGCUGAGUCCCGGCAACAGCGCCCGUCUGACGCCACUGAGGUACGACCUCAGGGACCGGAUUACAAGACUGGGUGACGUGCAGUACAAGAUGGACGAAGAUGGCUUCUUGAGGCAACGGGGGAACGACAUUUUUGAGUACAACUCCGCAGGGCUUCUCAUCAAGGCCUACAACAAAGGCAACAAAUGGAGCGUGAAGUACCAUUAUGACGGGCUUGGAAGGAGAGUCUCCAGCAAAACCACCCACGGUCAUCAUCUGCAGUUCUUCUAUGCGGACCUCACCAACCCCACCAAGGUCACCCACCUGUACAACCACUCCAGCUCCGAGAUCACCUCUCUCUAUUACGACCUUCAGGGUCACCUCUUUGCCAUGGAGGUGAGCAGUGGAGAUGAAUUCUACAUCGCUUGCGACAACAUUGGGACGCCCUUGGCGGUCUUCAGCGGAACGGGCCUCAUGAUCAAGCAGAUCCUUUACACGGCUUACGGAGAGAUCUACAUGGAUACCAACCCAAACUUCCAAAUUAUCAUUGGUUACCACGGAGGCCUAUAUGAUCCCCUCACCAAACUCAUACACAUGGGGAAGAGAGACUACGACGUUCUAGCCGGCCGGUGGACCAGUCCGAACCACGGCAUUUGGAAACGUCUCAGCCACAGCAACAUCAUGCCGUUCAACCUCUACAUGUUCAAAAACAACAACCCGAUCAGUAACGCCCAGGAUAUAAAAUGCUACAUGACAGAUGUCAACAGCUGGCUGCUUACCUUUGGUUUCCAGCUGCACAACGUUAUCCCUGGCUAUCCUAAACCUGACAUGAACGCUAUGGAGCCAUCCUACGAGCUCACACGCACCCAGCUGAAAACCCAGGAAUGGGACAACAGCAAGUCGAUCUUAGGGGUGCAGUGCGAAGUCCAGAAACAACUGAAGGCCUUCGUCACGUUGGAGAGCUUCGAACAGAUCUACACGUCGAGCAUCGCCGGGUGCCAGGAAGUCCAGGAGAACCGCCAUUUUGCCUCGGGAGACUCCAUCAUCGGCAAGGGGGUCAAGUUUGCCAUGAAAGAUGGCCGGGUGGCCACUGAUAUCAUCAGUGCGGCGAACGAGGACGGGCGGCGAGUCGCCGCCAUCCUCAACAACGCCUAUUAUCUGGAGAACUUGCACUUCACCGUCGACGGCACGGACACCCACUACUUUGUCAAGCCGGGGUCGUCGGAAAGCGACUUGUCCAUCCUCGGCCUCAGCGGCGGGCGGCGGACCUUGGAGAAUGGUGUGAACGUCACCGUCUCCCAAAUCAACGCCGUGCUCAGCGGGAGGACUAGACGCUACACGGACAUCUCGCUCCAGUUUGGAGCCCUGUGCCUCAACACCCGAUACGGGACCACGUUGGACGAGGAGAAGACACGCGUCUUGGAACUGGCCAGGCAACGGGCCGUGGCCCACGCCUGGGCCCGGGAGCAACAGAGACUGCAGGACGGGGAGGAGGGUAGCCGCUCCUGGACAGAGGGGGAAAAGCAGCAACUGCUGAACACGGGACUCGUUCAGGGGUACGACGGCUACUUCGUCAUCUCCGCCGAACAAUACCCAGAACUGUCCGACAGCGCAAACAAUAUCCAUUUUAUGCGACAGAGCGAGAUGGGGAGAAGGUGACAGAGAGGGGAUGAUGCAUUAACUUCUUGCCAAAGACAGCUGC